CCCACCCAGAGGGGGGGAGUUGAGAGUUCGGGUGGGGGGGGGGGGGAGAGGUGUAGGGGUCCUCUUAUGAAGAUUUCGCUUCAAAGCCGCGACUGAAGCUCUCCCCCCCGCCUCUUCAUCUGAUUUGCAGGGAAUCUAAAGGACGAGCUCCGUGCUCAGAGUCAGAGCUCAUAGAGAGAGAGAGAGACAGAGAGAGAGAGAGAGAGGACAAGGCGAAGACACAGAAGCAGCAGAUGUUCUAGUGAGAGAAAGAAACACACCCAGACAGAGAGAGAGAGAGAGGGAGAGAAACGGGCGGAGAUUUUGAGGGAGACACGGAGAGCCCCAUUGAGCUCUGCAGCUUCUUAUUCAGCUCUGUUUUUUCCUUUCCUGAUAGGAUAUAUAAAAGAGACAAUGGUGGAGGGCCGGUCCUGUCUGGUCUCGAGGAGGUUCUCUAGGUCCUGCCAGGCGGGAACCAGCUGGGAUUGCAUGAGUUGCCAGAUUGAGUUCGAUGUCAAAGGCAGCAAGCGUCCCCUCGAACCCGAUGCCCCUGAGGAGCAUCAACAGAGGAAGUCAUCUAAAAUCUCCGAGAAAUGCCAAGACGAGAGGGCCGAUGGUUCCUGUGAGCAAUCCAAUGGUAAUGAAGAGCAUAAGGAGGCGAGCUUUCUGGAAAAUGGGUCUGAGGGUGGUGCUUCUAGGGGCCAGCGUCGAAAAGAUAAUGACCCGGAAGAAGCUGAUCAAUCCGAUAGCCGCCGCCAAGCUGGAGGUUCUUCGGAUUGGGAUUCGCUCAUUCACACCAGCUUGGAUUGCAUGAGUUGCCAGAUUGAGUUCGAUGUCAAAGGCAGCAAGCGUCCCCUCGAACCCGAUGCCCCUGAGGAGCAUCAACAGAGGAAGUCGUCUAAAAUCUCCGAGAAAUGCCAAGACGAGAGGGCCGAUGGUUCCUGUGAGCUAUCCAAUGGUAAUGUAGAGCAUAAGGAGGCGAGCUUUCUGGAAAAUGGGUCUGAGGGUGGUGCUUUUAGGGGCCAGCGUCGAAAAGAUAAUGACCCGGAAGAAGCUGAUCAAUCCGAUAGCCGCCGUCAAGCUGGAGGUUCUUCGGAUUCGGAUUCGCUCAUUCACACCAUCGGCAGGGACAACUCCAUCAGCUGUCUCAUUCGAUGCUCGAGAUCUGACUACGGUUCCAUAGCCUCAUUGAACCAGAGUUUCCGGUCACUAAUUAGGAGUGGACUGCUCUACAGGCUGAGGAGGCAGAAUAAUGUAGUAGAGCAUUGGAUUUACUUCUCUUGUGAUUCUCUGGAGUGGGUUGCUUUCGACCCGAUCCGCCAUCGGUGGAUGCAGUUGCCGCGGAUGAUCACAAACGAAUGCUUCAUAGUUUCUGAUAAGGAGUCCUUGGCUGUGGGCACCGAACUUCUCGUAUUUACUAAGUUCAUAAUUUUCAGGUACAGUAUUCUGACAAAUUCAUGGUCUCCUGGAACAAGGAUGAAGACUCCGAGGUGUUUGUUUGGGUCUGCCAGUCUCGGAGAGAUUGCUAUUGUUGCUGGGGGAUCGGACGAGCAGUUGAAUAUUCUAAGCUCUGCAGAGCUGUAUAACUCCGAGACUCAGGAGUGGGAAGAACUUCCUAGCAUGCUUAAACCUAGGAAGAUGUGCUCUGCCGUCUUUAUGGAUGGGAAGUUCUAUGUGAUUGGUGGGAUUGGGGGAAGUGAUUCUAAGGUUCUCACCUGUGGCGAAGAAUAUGAUCUGAAGACUCGAACAUGGACCGAAAUCCCUGACAUGGCCCCACUACGAGCUGGUGGGACCCGGGGGGUUCAGAUGCCUGCUGCGGCUGAAGCACCUCCUCUAAUUGCAUCAGUGAAUAAUGAACUGUACGCUGCCGAUCAUAAUAACAUGGAGGUGAUGAAGUUUGAUAAGGUGAGACGAGUUUGGUUCACGGUGGGACGGCUCCCUGAACGCGCUGCCUCGAUGCAUGGGUGGGGCCUUGCCUUCAGGGCAUGUGGAGACAGCCUCAUCGUCAUUGGUGGGCCCCGUGCAGCAGGUGCAAGUUUCCUUGAGCUCAACUCAUGGGUCCCAAGUGAAGGACCCCCCGAGUGGAACCUGCUCGAUACAAGGCGAUCGAGUAGCUUCGUCCACAAUUGUGCUGUCAUGGGAUGUUGAAGAACCAGUUUUAGUGGUGGGUUUUACAACAUCGUUCUGUCCUUCAACACAAGAUACAUGUGAGUGGGUAAUAUGUUCGCUUCUUUUAUUUUUAUUUCUUUUUCCAUUCUGGGUUUGGGGGGAAUAGGCUGGAAUUUCAGGCUACGAUCAAGAUUCAUACAAUGUCUCAUUAGAAGAAGUCUCAAUUUAAUUUUCUUUACAGAGCUUUUAUGUUCCAUUUUUCCUUCAAAGGCAUGUUUCCGCCCCUUCCUCUGACAUGAGAACUUACAAAAGUUGGUCUCAAACUCUAUAUAGGUUCAAUAAUUGGAGCACCAAAUAACUCAGUGGAUGGUUCAAUA